UCAUCACCACCAACUUCAAACUCUCUCUCUCCCUCCCUCCCUCCCUCUCUCGCUCACACAUACACACAUAAACCUAUACUACAUCGUUUCACUUCUCUCUUCCCGAGCUCAGAAACGAUAUGGGGUCGGAGGCGCUCGUCCACGUCCUCUUGGUCUCGUUCCCCGGCCAGGGCCACGUCAACCCGCUCCUGAGGCUUGGCAAGCGCCUCGCCUCCAAGGGCCUGCUUGUCACCUUCACAACCCCAGAGAGCAUCGGGAAGGCGAUGCGCAAGGCAAGCAACAUCGGUGAGGAGCUCUCCCCGGUCGGUGAUGGCUUCAUCCGGUUUGAGUUCUUCGAGGACGGGUGGGACGAGGACGAGAUACGCCGCCAGGACCUCGACCAGUACCUCCCCCAGCUCGAGAAGGUCGGGAAGGUCCUCAUCCCUGAGAUGAUCCGGCGCAAUGCUGAGCAAGGCCGCCCUAUCUCUUGCCUCAUCAACAAUCCUUUCAUCCCCUGGGUCUCCGAUGUCGCCGAUAGCCUCGGCCUCCCCUCAGCGAUGCUCUGGGUGCAAUCCUGUGCAUGCUUCACUUCGUACUACUACUACUACCAUGGCCUGGUCCCCUUCCCGUCUGAGACAGCGAUGGAGAUCGAUGUGCAACUCCCUUGCAUGCCGCUCCUAAAGCACGACGAGGUCCCGAGCUUCUUGUACCCAACGACCCCGUACCCUUUCCUCCGGCGGGCGAUCAUGGGGCAGUACAAGAACUUGGACAAGCCAUUCUGCAUCCUGAUGGACACGUUCCAGGAGCUCGAGCAUGAGAUCAUUGAGUACAUGUCCAAGAUCAGCCCCAUCAAGACAGUCGGGCCGCUCUUCAAGAACCCUAAGGCCCCGAACGCCACUGUCAAGGGCGAUUUCAUGAAGGCUGACGACUGCGUCGGCUGGCUCGACUCAAAGCCUGCUUCCUCGAUCGUUUACGUGUCGUUUGGGAGCGUCGUGUACUUGAAGCAAGACCAGUGGGACGAGAUUGCUUAUGGGCUGUUGAACUCCGGGGUCAACUUCUUGUGGGUCAUGAAGCCUCCACACAAGGACUCUGGCUAUGAGGUUCUCAAAAUGCCUGAAGGGUUCUUGGAGAAGGCUGGUGAUAGGGGCAAGGUGGUGCAGUGGAGCCCGCAAGAGCAAGUCCUGGCUCACCCCUCGGUGGCCUGCUUCGUCACGCACUGCGGUUGGAACUCGACCAUGGAGGCCUUGACCUCUGGCAUGCCUGUGGUGGCGUUCCCGCAGUGGGGUGACCAGGUCACCGACGCCAAGUACCUAGUGGACGUGUUCAAGGUCGGGGUGAGGAUGUGCCGGGGCGAGGCAGAGAACAAGCUGAUCACGCGGGACGUGGUCGAGCAGUGCCUCCGCGAGGCAACCUCGGGGCCCAAGGCCGAGGAGAUGAAGCAGAACGCGAUGAAGUGGAGCGCGGCAGCGGAGGCAGCCGUGGCGGAGGGCGGCUCCUCUGACCGGAACAUCCAGGCCUUCGUGGACGAGGUGAAGAGGAGGAGCCUGGAGGUGCUGGCCACGAGCGGCAAGUCAACGGCCAAUGGCGUUGCGGAGCUGGGCGAGCCAAAGGUCAACGGGGAGCUGAAGGUAGUGUCCUGAGGUGUGGAGAUGAGAAAUUCAGGUGUGUCUCGUUUUGGAGUGUAGAUUGUAAGGUGUAAGCUAAUUUGGGUAGGCGUGGGAAUAAAUUUGGGUUUGUCCAAGAUGGAGUCUGGGUUUUGUUACCUGAAUUUUUAUUUUUUUUGUUAAUUGUUUUUGUUUUUCUAUAUAAAAUAUCAUAAAUGAGCUGAGGGUCCUUCAUGGGAUCCCGUGCUUCUUUUGGCUUCC